UAACCAUUGCACAGAGGCAGAAUGCUCUAUAGUGCAAUGAUGGCAGGGUGGCCGAGUAUUGUUGUGUCUGCUGUCAUUUGUUUGUUUUUUGCAGAUGUGCACGCUCGGCCGAAUGUGGUGGAGUUUGCACCACCAGAGCCACAGUGUGGUUACAGAAGUUGCCCGGCAACUUCACCCACCAUGCUGAACGUCCAUCUUGUCCCGCACACACACGACGAUGUAGGGUGGCUCAAGACAGUCGACCAGUACUUCUAUGGCUCGAGGAAUGACAUUCAACAUGCGGGUGUUCAGUACAUCCUGGACUCGGUGAUCCCGGAACUGCUGAGUGAUCCCACCAAACGCUUCAUCUACGUGGAGAUGGCCUUCUUUGCCCGAUGGUGGAGAGAGCAGGACAACAUAAUGAAGGAAAAUGUCAGAAAACUAGUUAAUGAAGGCCGUCUUGAGUUUGUGUUGGGAGGGUGGUGUAUGAAUGAUGAGGCCAGUACCCACUACAAUGCCAUGAUAGACCAGCAUACCCUGGGCUUCUCCUUCCUUGAGCAAGAGUUCGGAGCCUGUGGGCGCCCCAGGGUUGGCUGGCAGAUAGAUCCAUUCGGUCACUCCCGGGAACAGGCGUCCAUGUUUGCUCAGUUUGGGUUUGACGGACUUUUCUUUGGUCGUCUGGAUUACCAGGACAAAGACAACAGACUUAAACAAAACAACAUGGAGUUUGUGUGGAGAGGGAGCCCCAAAAACCUAGGUGAGGCAUCAGAACUGUUUACUGGGGUCUUGUACAACCACUAUGUUCCCCCACCUGGAUUCUGUUUCGACGAGUCCUGUAAUGAUGAACCAAUCAUGGAUGAUGAAAGAAUGCAUGAUGUCAACAUUCAGAGUAGAGUUCAAGAUUUCAUCAAAAUUGUCAAUGAUCAGGCCCAGCACUUCCACUCCAACAACAUCAUGAUGACCAUGGGCAGUGACUUCCAGUACCAGAACGCCCACACCUGGUACAAGAAUCUGGACAAGCUGAUCAAAUAUGUCAACCAACAGCAGAGCAAUGGCAGCAACAUCAACCUGUUGUAUUCAACCCCAUCCUGUUACCUGUUCAAUGUCAAUCACCUGAACCAGGUGUGGAAUUCUACCAAGGAUGACUUCUUUCCCUAUGCCAGCCGGGAAAACACUUUCUGGUCAGGAUACUUCUCCAGCAGAGCUGCACUGAAGGGUUAUGCUCGGAAAAGUAACAACUUCCUACAGGUCUGUAAACAACUGGAUGUUCUUGCCAACCUCAUGCGCCAGGGUGUCAACGUCACAGAGGACCUACGCUUGUAUAAGGAAGCUUUGGGUGUUGUUCAGCAUCAUGAUGGAGUCUCAGGGACAGAGAAGCAACAUGUUGCCAAUGACUAUGCUCAGAGGUUAGCUGCAGGAGCAGAGAAAUGUCAGAAAGUGACAAAUGCAGCCUUUGAGAAGUUGUUGCCAAAAGGAUCAGAGAAAGCUCCUAGUCAGGUCUACUGUCCACUGACAAACAUCAGCUAUUGUGAAUUCACUGAACACAACAAACAGUUUAUGGUGACCAUAUACAAUCCGCUUGGACAUGCAGUGACAGACUAUGUCAGAAUCCCAGUGCUUGCCAGCAUGUAUAGAGUGGUGGAUCCAACAGGAGCGAAUGUGACAGCUCAGCUGGUACCCGUCUCUGAUGAAACCAAGAAAAUACCCGAGAGAAACGGAUCCAUUGCCCAGAGUGAGCUCUUCUUCCAAGUAGAGUUACCUCCCUUGGGAUACAGUACAUACUUUGUGAUGGAAACUAAGAAUUCAGAUGAAGCAACAUCAAAGACUAGUAAGAUUGUUCCUGUAUCAAGUGGCAAGGCAGAUAUACCCUUGUACAUACAGAAUGAUGAAUAUUUGGUACUCUUGGAUAACAUCAAUGGAAAUACGCUUGGAAUCAAUAACAAAAAGAAGAAAAUCGACCUUCCUGUGAACCAGGGUAUCUGGUGGUAUGAGGCUUAUGGAGGGAACUGCAGCAAGGGAGAGUUUCAGGCUUCCGGUGCAUACGCACUGAGAACUAAGGGAGAGAGACAAAGAGUUCCAGACAAGGAAAUGCAACUCAAGUCCUACAUUCUGACUGGAGAACUUGUACAAGAGGCACACAUGAUAUUUGGAGAUGAGGCUUCCCAGGUGAUCAGACUGUACAACAACAAGCCCUAUGUAGAGUUUGAGUGGACAGUGGGACCCAUCAAUAUCAAAGACAAGAUUGGCAAGGAGUACAUAACUCUGUAUGACACUCAGCAGACAGUGAAGUCGGGAGAUCUGUUCUACACGGACGCUAACGGACGGGAAAUCCUAGAGAGAAGGAGAGACCAUAGAAACACCUGGAGUUUUAAUAAUACGGAGCAUGUGGCUGGUAACUACUUCCCUGUCAACAGCCGCAUCUACAUUCAGGAUAAAGCCAAGAACCAGCAGUUGACCGUGUUAACCGACCGAUCAGAGGGAGGUGGCAGUCUGGAAUCUGGCACCAUGGAGCUUCUGGUCCACAGGCGGUUGCUGUACGACGACCAUUUUGGUGUAGGAGAACCUCUGAAUGAGACGGGAGCAGAUGGACAGGGACUUGUUGUUAGAGGAAAGCAGCUGGCUCUUCUGGAUACCAUUAAGGAUUCCCCUGCCCUACAUAGAAGCCUCGCCUUAAGGAUGUACAUGGCUCCCUCUGUGUCAUUUUCUCCCCUAACGAUGACUCCAGAACAGGCAAUGGUCAAGUAUAAUACCCAGUGGUCGGCUCUGAAGAAGCCCCUGCCUGCCAAUGUCCACAUGCUUACCCUGGAGCAGUGGGUCUCACCAAGCAUCAUGCCUGUUGAAGUCUCACAGAUUCUCCUCCGAUUUGAACACAUCUAUGAAAAAGAUGAGGAUCCAGUACUAUCACAGCCAGCUACUGUCAAUCUGACUGAUUUUACCACAUUUAAGAUUGAAGCAAUGAGGGAAUUAACUCUUGGAGCCAACCUUCCUUUGUCAGAACUGAAUAGAUUACCCUGGGGGUACAUACCAGAUUCCGAGGAAUCCCUCAGCAAAGAGGAGCUACUGAGGACAGCAAUUCCUUACUCGGACCCCCCUACAACUAUCACUCUACAGCCGAUGCAGAUCCGAACAUUUGUGGCCACCCUCAACACACUGCAAUAAAUUAACAUUGUAAUCAUUAGAGAACUAGAAAGAAAUGUACCAGUAGUCUUGUAUCCAUAGUGAAUCAGUCUCUUGAAAUGUAGUCGAUAUUCCAAGUAUAUUUUUUACUUUUGUUUAUUGUUUAUGUAUGAUAU